CUACGGGCUUCAAUUGCGCCCGGAACCAAGAUGGCGGCAGGGCGCGCUCGCUCUAGCUCCCUCCUCCCCCCCCUCCGCGCGCGGGGGGGUGGGCGGAGCUUGCCGCUGGGUUUGGCGCGAAAUUCUAUCCUGCGACUCGGCUGUCGCGAGCUACCGAGCCGGCCUGGGGCUGAGCAGAAAUCAUGAACACAAGACAGCAGUGCAAGCGCAUCUACUCCUGGGUUGGAAGAGCAAAGAGCUCAGACCAGCAAUUGAAGACCUUUCAAUAUAGGGGGGUCUUGAUUAAAUCAGAAAGAAGUCUAACAGAAAUGUGUAUACUACCUGGAGAAUUUGUUUUAGUAGAAGGGGAGAAUGCGGAUCAACCUUUUGUGGCAAAACUCCUGAAACUAUAUGAAGAUGGCUCUCAAGAAAAGCAUGCAGUUGUUCAAUGGUUCUCUCGUAUUACAGAGCUACCACUCAAUAAACGGAAACUGCUGCAAAGAGAGGUUUCUCCCCAGGAGAUAUUUUUGGAUAAAGGUCCUGGAUAUGACACUGACAUAAAUGUGGAGACCAUCAUUAAAAACGUGAAGGUGAUACCUUUGGCCCCAGAGGAGGCGGUGCCUGUUAGGUCAAAUGGAAAACAGAUAUUCUUUGUAAAGGAAUCUUGGGAUGGGAAAUGCUUUAAGCCUCUGUCUCCCGGCUUAUUGUCUGAGCUGAAAGAAGCUGAGAAAAAGAAAAGAGUUGGUAGCCCAAGCCCUUUAACUGACUGCCAGGUGUUUCCUUCGGACUUCAUUUGCUCCUUGAAAACAGAGACUGACAGAGUCACUCGGAGUACCAUGAAAACCAAGAACUUUCAGAUGGAAAUAGAAUCAAGACACUCUGCUUCCAAGUCCUCCCUGUCUAAGGAGAGACAUUCCCAAAGGGUGGCAAAUGGCAUUAACACCCCAGGAGCAAGGAAGAAGUUACAGCUAAACAGUCCUACGAAAUCUAGAAACAAACUCACAGGAUGCGAUGUUUUAGAACUCUUGGUUGAUGACUGUGAUGCUUUAGAGGCCCUGGAACCAUCAGCUACCAAGAGAACGGUGACAUUCACUGAGAUUUUGGGCUCACCUCCAAAAAUAUCUCGCACCAAUGGUGAGCCAGACUCACCACUGAGUAUCAGGGGAGACUGGUCUAAGCUAGCUGAAACAAUAAGGAUAUCUCCCUACAGAAGGGGCCAAGAUUCCAGCCUGAAAGCCAAGAAUCUUGAUGGGAAAGAUGAUGACACAUGGCAUUUGAACAGUAGAAAUGAAGAGGAGGAAACUGAGGAGAGAACCAGGGAAUCCAGAAGAACAACCAAACAAGCAGCUACUUCCAAGAGCAAUUCUAAAAGCGACACAAAUUUAGCUGAGGAGCAAGAGCUGAAGACCAGGAGUCCAGUGGUGAUCCCACGUUCUCAUAGGAAAUGUGUGCAGAAGACUACUGCUCGCAUUGCAGAGCAACUCCGUUUUUUAAAUAUAUCUGAGCAGGAUCAGGAAGAUGACUACCUGCCUAGCACGGACUGCUCUGAUUCUAGUAGCAGUGAGGAAGAAGAGAGCAUGGUGCCCUCUACACCCAAAAGGAAAACAAGAUCAAGCACCAAACUAAGCACCCCAAAAUCUUCGAGGAAACCCUCUGAUACCACCCCUGCUAAGACCCCCAGAAAUGCUUCUGAGCCAAGAACCCCCAAGACGCCCCGAAAUGCUACUCCCAAAAUUCCCAUUCGAAACCAAGCAACAGAGAAACCAGCCAAUGUGCUAGAAGAGGCCCGAUUAAGGCUGCACGUUUCCACCAUCCCAGGUUCCUUGCCUUGCCGAGAAGAGGAGUUCCAGGAUAUCUAUAAUUUUGUAGAAAGCAAACUUAUUGAUGGAACAGGAGGGUGUAUGUACAUUUCUGGGGUUCCUGGAACAGGCAAAACAGCAACUGUUCACGAAGUAAUUCGUUGUCUCCAAGAAGCAGUAGAAAAUGAUGAGCUACCAUCCUUCCAGUUCAUAGAAAUCAAUGGCAUGAAGCUGACUGACCCUCACCAAGCCUAUGUGCAAAUAUUACAGCUACUGACCAGUCAGAAGGUGACAGCAACCCAUGCUGCAGAGCUGUUGGCAAAGCUAUUCAGCACACCAGGGCCAAAAAGGAAGACCACAGUGCUGAUAGUGGAUGAGCUUGACCUCCUGUGGACCCGAAAGCAGGAUGUGAUGUACAAUCUAUUUGACUGGCCAACCCAAAAGCAAGCCAAGCUGAUCAUCCUGGCCAUUGCUAACACCAUGGAUUUGCCGGAGAGGAUCAUGAUGAACAGAGUAGCUAGCAGACUGGGUCUCACCAGAAUGUCCUUCCAGCCCUACACCUACAAACAGUUACAGCAGAUUAUCUCAUCCAGGCUGAACCACAUAAAAGCAUUUGAAGAGGAUGCAAUCCAGCUAGUUUCCAGAAAGGUAGCAGCAUUAUCUGGUGAUGCAAGGCGUUGUCUUGAUAUCUGUAGAAGGUCCACUGAGAUCUGCGAGUUCUCGAGCCAGAAAAGUACCUCUGGAUUGGUCAGCAUGGCCCAUGUAAUGAAAGCUAUAGAUGAAAUGUUUUCAUCCCCUUAUAUAAAUUCAAUCAGGAAUGCUUCAUUGCAUGAGCAAAUGUUCCUGAAAGCAAUUAUAGCAGAGUUUCGCAGGUCAGGGCUCGAGGAAGCAACAGUUCAACAGGUACAUUUACUAUUUUUUUUUAAAACUUGGACAUUAGCUUUUGUCUUAAUUGUUUGACUAUUUUCAAAGUGUAAAUCUAUUGAAACAAAUCAUAGGAGCAAAGAUAAUAUAUGUAAUUGAUAUAACCCUGUUCACAAAAGCUAAGGAAGAUGAGAAUGGAAAGGUCUUGAUAGAACAAAAAACAUAGAUGCUGGCAUCCUAAUUUAUUGUAUGUAUUUGUAUGGUUGAGUCAUAGAGGAAACUUAGCUGAGUUACAAUUUCUUACUUUCUUGACAUAGUCCUAAUGUUCUGUGUUUAACAGCAUGUGUGUCAUCUUCACUCCAAACAGAUUCAAUUGUUUGUUUCUCCCCUUCCAUAGAGGUUGAGAGUAGAAAGCCUAUCUUUUCCACCUCUUCUGUUUCCUGUUCCAAUCUAAUAUAGUGACUAAAUUGAGUUGUAUCUUGU